AUGAUAGUGCAUCUCCUGUAUAUGUUACUAGCGGCCUUUACGGUUUCAGUAGGCAUUACCAAUAUACUUUACACAUUGUCUUGUCCAGAAGCACACCCGUUGAUGAGGAGAGUAAAUGUACACAGAAGGCAUUUGAAUUACGAAACACAGCAGAGAAGAAAACAACAAGCAGAAAAUCUCACAAAGAAGCCUGACUUAUAUAAUAACAAUCCUGUUAAGAUUAUGUGGAAUUUGGCACACAAACACCCUAGUAAACUGGGGGAUUUUCUAAAGGUCCUCAGCAAAACAAAGAAACAGAAUUCACAAAUCAUAAAUUCUGUUGAGGAUGAUACUCAUCCCCCAAUUACAUACUGCCCUAAUGAUCACCGUUAUUUAGGACCGACAAAUUGGAAAGCUGCUGCAAAGCCGAAAGCCAUGGACGGUAUAUUUUCAAUGCUUAAUAAAGGAGGCUCGUAUCAGCCGUUAGACUGCGUGCCUACCGAAACUGUGGCGGUCAUUAUUCCAUUCAGAGGCCAAGGUGGACCCCUUCCCGAGUUUCUUUUUAGCUUACACUUCUUGCUGCUCGUGCAACUAGUGGAUUACCAGAUAUUUGUCGUUAAAAAUAUUAAAGAAACAGCACCAUUUUACCCCGGGCUGCUGGCCAACAUCGGUUUCGUCGAGGCUCAGAAAAUAAGAGCAGAUUUAUAUUUUACCUGUGUGAUCUUUCACGAUCCCUACCUGGCUCCCAGGGACUCCAGCAACUUGUACCGUUGCUCUGAUCAUCCGAAACAGCUGGUUGCUUCAAUUGACAGAGUUCCAUAUAAAAAUCCGCUUGGCGGGGUGGUAGCCAUUAGGCCAAAAGAUUUUAGGGCAGUGAACGGAUUCUCCAAUAGUUACAAUGACAGUGAAUCUAUUUAUCUAGAUAUAUAUGACAGAUUUAUGGCUGCAAACUACACAAUCGGGGCACCUACUCCCGCAAUCGCCACUUACGACAGCCUUCUGAGACUCAAACCACGCGCUAACACUGGCCCCGCCCAAAAUACUUCCACAACUCCGAUCCCUAUUAUAACAGAAACGAUAUUAUGGGACGACGAAGGUAUCUCUAGUUUACUAAGUAUGUCAUAUUUACUAAAAAUUACGAAAAAUAAAUUGACCCAUACCCUGAUAGAGGUGGAGAUGUAUCCAAACCAGAUACUUGACAUCACAUUGUUUUAUGAAAACACAACAUUAGAAAAUUACGGAAACACGACAGUAAUUACGUUCUCGGAAAAUUCUUUGUAUUGAGUAUUUUGCCUGUGGGACACGACGAAAUAAUAUGGAUCUAGAUGAAAAAUUAUAGACGAAAAUUAUUAAUUAGAUAUAUUUUUGGUUUAACAUUCUUAAUAUUAGUAAUUAGUGCGCGCGCCGUGUUUAGUUGACAUUGGCUAUCGCGCGGUGGGUCGCGGGUGGGAUGUGCCUAGGCCAUUGAAGUCAUAGAUAAAAGAAAUAUAAUGAUUGAGGUUUGGACAAGCACUUUGUUUGCGGGAACGGUACGACAAAUAAGAAUAUGUCUCAAAAUUCUUCCUUCUUCCUCUCUUCGCAUACGCCAUCAUUAUUUCCCCCUGUCCCGUGUCUCUCAUCCAUGUCCGAUUUGAUUAAAUAUUUAUGCCACAGGAUUGUACAUAUUUCAAAUAAAGUCAGAGAAAAUUUGU